AUGCCUGGUCCCGAGGGGGCCCAGCCGGAGCAGGCGCCUGGGAAGUGGAUUCCAAGAAAGAAGCCAUUGAUUGCUCAGAAAACCCCCAUCAAAGUAGAGCUGAAAGGAGGAAAAAGAUAUAAGUGGUGUGUGUGUGGCCGAAGUAAGAACCAGCCCUUCUGUGAUGGCUCCCACCUCUUCCAGAGAACGGGCCUGUUCCCUCUCUGGUUCAAAGUUAAAGAAAACCGUACAGUGUCUCUUUGCACCUGCAAGGCCACGCAGAAACCCCCGUAUUGUGAUGGCACUCACAAGAGUGACAAAAUACAGUGUGCCCAAGUGGGCUCCCCACUCUGAUCAGUAUCUUACCCUGAAGGCUUGGGUUUGGGCUAGAACAGCUCUUGUGACAUGGGAGCCUCCUUCCAGGGCACCUUGGAGGGCUUGCCCAUUUCUGAGGACCUGAAUGCCACACUGUUCCAUCCUCCUGAGUCCCUGAUGUUGCUCCACACCUGGAUCUGGACUCUGCACACAUCUCCUCCAAAGGUGGGAGACAGUGGGUGUCUCCCCCUGGAUUUGAUCUCCUGACCUGGUUGGUCAGUGUAAGGGUCCCUGGUCCCCUCCCCCACAGCCUAGGACCCAGGAGCGGGUAUUCAUCCCCAUCUGGCACCAUUAAAAAUACCUAGUAAUGGUUUUUCUCAA